GCGUUCACCUCAUUCUUCUUCUCUCCGACGACAGAGAAACGAUGGCGAGAACCAAGCAGACCGCCCGGAAGUCCACCGGAGGGAAAGCUCCCAGGAAGCAGCUGGCCACCAAGGCCGCCCGGAAGAGCGCCCCGGCCACCGGCGGCGUGAAGAAGCCUCACCGCUACAGGCCCGGGACCGUGGCUCUCAGAGAGAUCCGCCGCUACCAGAAGUCCACCGAGCUGCUGAUCCGCAAGCUGCCCUUCCAGCGCCUGGUCCGGGAGAUCGCUCAGGACUUCAAGACCGACCUGCGCUUCCAGAGCUCCGCCGUCAUGGCGCUGCAGGAGGCCAGCGAGGCCUACCUGGUCGGCCUGUUCGAGGACACCAACCUGUGCGCCAUCCACGCCAAGAGGGUCACCAUCAUGCCCAAAGACAUCCAGCUGGCCCGGCGCAUCCGCGGGGAGAGAGCGUAACCUGCCCGCACUCCGCUCACCACACAACGGCUCUUUUAAGAGCCACUCACCC